AUGAAGCUCUUUGUCGGCCUCGUCUCGGUAGCUGCCGCCAUCACCACUAUCCAUGCGACCGGUCUCGCGAGUGGCUCCAAGCCGUCUUGUGACUUCAGCUGUCUUUCCGUGAUGGAGCCUGUGGUCGACGAGAAUGGCAUUGAAUAUACCAAUUCUUGCGAGAUGGCGAUGGCCAAGUGCCUGAACGGACAAAACGAGGGGAAGAAGGAGAAGGAGGGGGACGAGGGGAAGAAGGAGAACGAGGGGGACGAGGGGAAGAAGGAGAACGAGGGGAAGAAGGAGAACGAGGGGAAGAAGGAGAACGAGGGGAAGAAGGAGAACGAGGGGAAGAAGGAGAACGAGGGGAAGAAGGAGAACGAGGGGAAGAAGGAGAACGAGGGGAAGAAGGAGAACGAGGGGAAGGAGGGGAACGAGGGGAAGAAGGAGAACAAGGGGAAGGAGGGGAAGGAGGGGAAGGAGGAUGAAGACGAAUCUGACUCUAGCGAACAUAAGGGUAGCUCGGCAUCGGUCAAGGACAAAGAUGGCGAUGAAUCUGACUCGAGUGAGGAAAAUGGCAGCUCGUCAGCGACAAAGAAGCAUGCAAAGGACAAGGGCGAUGCGCCAAAAGACGGUGGCUCUGCUAACGACAAGCCGAAGGCGCGCUGUCCCAACGUCUCGUGCCCUGCUGUGUACAAUCCCGUGUACGACGAAGACGGUACGGAGUACCCGAACAAGUGCACCAUGGAUGAUGCGAAGUGCGUAGGACCUAGAGAAGACGUCUUGGAGGAGUACGAGAGGCUCUACGGUAAGAAAUUUGGAGAAGGCCGUGAAGGCAUCACAGCUUCUGUUCAGAAGAGGCUGCGAUAG